AAGCAAACAUGGCUGCGUCCUAAAAACAUUAAUGGUUUUCUACUCAGAUUUCAAUUUUUCCAUUAUUACUACUAACAGACUGGUCGAAUUCGAAUGAAACAGUCGAGUUUAAAAAGGCUAUUUAUUGAAUACGUUAGCGGUCUAAUAAAACGAAAGAAAUAAUGAGGCUGUCAACGAAAAAAAUAGUUCUUUUAUAUCUCAAUGGUGAAAUAUGGAAGCAGUGCAGUCACCUCUCAGAUUUCCACUUUGCGUUUUAAAGACCGAGAUUUACAGGCGACACCUGUGAUUCAUCCAGAGGAACGUCACGACACUUAAACGGGGCGAUAAGUUUAGUUCUUUUGGUUUAUAAAGGCGAUGUUUAGUCCUGUUAAGUCAUCGUAUUCCAGGGUGAGCCCAUUGAUUGUUAAUCGGGAGCUGGGGAAGACAAAGAUGAGAUAGCAAGAGGUGAAACGCUUUCCUUUCACAGUAAACGAAACUCGGUUCACUGAAGAACGGGAGGUUUACCAAGACUAAGCUUUACAAGGCAGCAGCGGUCAUGUUUGGAGAUCUGUUUGAGGAGGACGGGGAUGGCUUUUCCUCCUCUACACCUGGCACAGGUGUGAAGGGGAGAGAGUGUGAGCCUCCACCACCCAGAGGGAAAAUCAAACUGUGCGGGAUCAAGAAUCAGGGUGGCACAUGUUACCUCAACUCCCUGAUCCAGACUCUACUCUUCACCCCAGAGUUUAGGGAGGAGCUGUUCCAUCUCGGACCAGAUGAAUUAGGAUGUCUGGCUGACAAGGACAAACCAGAGGCAAAGGUCCGUGUGAUUCCUCUGGAGCUUCAGAGACUGUUUUCUCAUCUGUUGCUGGUGGAUGAAAAAACAGCCUCCACAUCAGAUCUGACGGACAGUUUUGGCUGGACGAACAAUGAGGAAAUGGGUCAGCAGGAUGUGCAGGAGCUGAACCGGAUCCUGUUCAGUGCUCUGGAGAGCUCAUUAGUAGGCACUUCAGGCAGCAGUCUCAUACACCGGCUGUACCAUGGGACGCUUGUCAACCAGAUCACCUGCAAAGAGUGCGGCAAUAUUAGUGAGAGACAGGAGGACUUUCUGGACUUGACCGUAUCAGUGCGUGGUGUAAGUGGCCUAGAGGAGGCGCUGUGGAACAUGUUUGUGGAGGAGGAGAUGUUUGAGGGUAACAAUCUGUACCGCUGCAGCAGAUGUGACCAGCUGGUUAGGGCCGCUAAGUCUGCAAAACUGAGAAAACUUCCACCAUUCCUGACCAUUUCCUUGUUGAGGUUCAACUUUGACUUUGCCAAGUGUGAGCGCUACAAAGAGACCGGGAGCUACGCUUUUCCUCUUACAUUCAACCUCAGACCAUUUUGUGAGCAGAACAAUUGGCCAGACUCAGAGUAUUCGUACGAGCUCUUCUCCAUCAUCAUACAUAAAGGAGGUUGUUAUGGAGGUCAUUAUCAUGUCUACAUCAAAGACAUCGAUCAGCUCGGCUACUGGGAGGCACCGGAGGAAGAGGUAAAAGUGAAGCCGAAAACCCAGAAACGAGAGGACAAAGUCGGAGAAAGAAAGAAAGAGAGUGAAAAUUCUGUUGACGAAGAGGAUCCUCUCUCUGUACUUACUGAUGACCAGAUAUCCCUGUAUAGUGCAGGUGUGUCUAAUGGCUCUGAUCUCUUUGUGUGGAAUGGAAGAGAGGUCAAUGGUGUGGCGGUGAAAACUGGCGUUGAAUGGGAGCCUGUUUUGCUGACUGUGUUGCGUCCCUCUGCAGAGGAGCUGGGAUGUGGGGAUGGGUCAGGGGUUGGAGACGCUGAUGGAUCCGGUCUGGUGCAUUCUAUGAAGGGCUUUGCUGGUGGGGCCACUCUGGGUACAGUGCUCGAGGCUCUAGGGCCCCAAGAGGCCUUUUUGUGCCAGGAGCAGAGCCGUCCAGGGGCCAGUGGGGGCGGGGCGAGUGGUUGGAGGGUUUUCCCACCUCAGGACAUGCAGAGAACACUGAGAGAGUUGUCUCUGAAGGACGGGGACGCUCUGCUGCUGCUGCAGCUAGAGGAACUAGACAGCAGUAUCUUCAGCCUCAGCGGUGAUAUAGUUACCGUGACAACGCCCUCAGACUGCCGCUGGCUGCAGGUGGAGUUUUGCCCACAGAGUGGAAUAAAGGAGGAAGAAAAGGAGGAGCAGGGGAAGAAAAGGAGUAAAGUCUCAGCUUCAGGGAACAUGCUACUGAUGGAGGUGAAGGAAAAAGCUCUUGAGGACCUUCACCUACAGGAUGAGCUCAGUGAUGUUGAAUGUUGUCUGAGGCAAAUGGAUCGAACUGGAAAGCUUUUACCUCCAGUGCAUGAGCAUUUGAGUGUUCGGGAAUCAGGGAUCAGGUUAAUGACUUCACUCUACCUCUGUCCCGGACCAGUGCCAACAGCAACACAGUUGUUCUUGUACUUCAGUGUUGGUCUAGCGCCCUCAGUGGGUCAGGAGCUGGAGAUUAUUGUAGAGGAGUCUCUAACCGUCAAAGAGUGCCUUAAGGAAAUGUUGCAGAUGGCGAAACUUGAAGGUGAGUCAUGGCACUUAAGGAGAGUGGACUGGUGUGAGGAGAUUGGAGAGCCAUUUAUGGAUGAGAAUGCAUCUCUGAAAGAGGCAAAGGUCAUUCAUGGGGACACACUGGUGCUGGUGGAGGGACGACUGCCUCCAAAGGGUUACCUCAAGCUGUCUGUGAAGAUGUAUAUAGAUGUGAUUGACAGCUCCAGCGUUCCAGAGCUGAACCACACAGCAGAGUGUCAGAGCAUUGAGGGGCUCGCCACAGAGUGGUCUGGAUCAGAGAUGAGAUUCAUCGGUCAUGUGGAGAUAUCCGAGGAGGCUUCACUUGAUGAUCUCAAGACUCAGAUGAUGACUCUGCCGGCACUUCAGGAUGUGUGUGUGCCCAGUCCUGCGUUCCUGCGUGUAUGGCUGCUAGAGUGCAAGAAACUGGCCAGGAUACUCCGAGGAAACCAGCAGACACUCAGGAAGCUGAAGCUGGGGAACGGGGCGGAUGUGUGUGUUGAGAGGCUGAUGAAAGAGGAGGACCUGGGCCUGAAGGAUUUAUUGCUGAGGGUUCAGAUGGGGGUGCCAGGAGAGAAGGCGUAUUAUCCUUCUGAGGAGUUUUUGUGGGACACAGGGCGGGACAGCACCUCCAGGGGCCUCUACGCUGCUCUGGCCUCCCAGUACGGUCUCACUCCUGACAGCCUGCUCUUGGCUAAACACCUGCCUGACAAACACACCUGGAUGCCCAUUUCCAACUGGACUCAACAGGUCUCAAAAAGGAAGAAGAAGAGGAAAGCUGAGAGUCUCCAGGCAGCUCCCUUCUACCUGAAAGAUGGAGAUAUUAUAGGUGUCAAGAAUCUGCUAAUAGACAAUAAUAAAGAAUUCACUACUCUGGAAGAUGAGAUUGGUCAGCAGAGACUUACGGUGGAGGCAGACAAUCACAACACAAGGGUGCGUCCUGCCACUGGAGAAUGUUCACAAGACAUUGGGUCCAAGAAGUCGGGCCCAACUAAAAACCGGAAACCAGAGGUGGCCUUAUCGAUCAACGUGGGAGUGUUCAGGUAACCCAUCCUGUAAACAGCCAUCUCAGAGCUUCUCAGAGCUGCCUGUUGGUCUUCACAACCUUCACUAAGGUGCCAUGGCAGAGUCUGCCCCACUGAGUCACAGCAAGGAAGCCAAACUGAAGACACUGUGAAAGUGCUGACCUGGGAACCCACCCUGUGAAAAAUACGAUUCUUUGGAU